GGAGUCAAGAUGGAAGAGGAGAAGCCUCUGCUGCCGGAGGGGCGAAAGCUGGCGCGGCUGCCUUUCCAGGAGGCGUUCCCUUCCCCCCUUCCCCCUCCCCAGCUAGGCGUGUGCCUGCCCGCAAGGACCGGUGGCGGCGAAAGUUUCAGCUGCUUUUUGAUCCAGCUGGGAUUGGGCGUUCGUGCGCGUUCCCUCGCUCUCUAAGGAUGUACACGUUUGUGGUGCGAGAUGAAAACAGCAGCGUCUAUGCUGAAGUGUCCAAAAUCCUCCUGUCCACUGGACAAUGGAAGAGGCUGAAAAGAGACAACCCCCGGUUCAACCUCAUGCUGGGGGAGAGGAACAGGCUGCCCUUUGGGAGACUGGGUCAUGAACCUGGACUUGUACAGCUGGUGAACUACUACAGAGGAGCUGAUAAACUUUGUCGCAAAGCUUCUUUAGUGAAACUAAUCAAGACAAGUCCUGAAUUGGCAGAGUGUUGCAUGUGGUUCCCAGAAUCGUAUGUGAUUUAUCCAACUAAUCUAAAGACUCCAGUGGCCCCAGCACAGAACGGGAUUCAUCACUUGAUAAACAACACAAGAACAGAUGAAAGGGAAGUCUUCCUGGCAUCCUACCAGAGGAGGAAAGAGAGUGGAGAGGGAAACAUUUGGAUAGCCAAAUCUUCGGCAGGCGCCAAAGGUGAAGGGAUUCUUAUUUCUUCAGAGGCUACUGAACUUCUGGACUUUAUAGAUAAUCAAGGACAAGUGCAUGUGAUUCAGAAAUACCUUGAGAAGCCUAUGCUCUUAGAACCAGGUCAUCGCAAAUUUGAUAUUAGAAGCUGGGUGCUAGUUGAUCACCAGUAUAAUAUCUACCUCUACAGAGAAGGUGUUCUACGGACCUCUUCAGAACCUUAUAAUAGUGCUAAUUUCCUGGACAAAACCUGCCAUUUGACCAAUCACUGCAUACAGAAGGAAUAUUCGAAGAACUAUGGGCGAUAUGAAGAAGGGAAUGAGAUGUUUUUUGAGGAGUUCAAUCAGUAUCUGACGAGUGCUUUGAACAUUACUCUGGAAAAUACCAUUUUAUUGCAAGUCAAAAAUAUAAUAAGAAGCUGCCUUAUGUGUAUAGAACCUGCUAUCAGCACCAAACUCCUUCACUACCAGAGUUUCCAGCUCUUUGGCUUUGAUUUCAUGGUGGAUGAGGACUUGAAGGUCUGGCUGAUCGAAGUAAAUGGUGCCCCUGCAUGUGCCCAGAAACUUUAUGCAGAGCUUUGCCAAGGUAUAGUGGAUGUAGCCAUCAGUAGUGUCUUUCCCCUUAGCGACACUCUGCAAAAGCAGAGCCAGCAAUCACUAUUUAUUAAGUUGUGAUUAUUAUUUGAUUUUAUUUUUAAACGACUGUCAACAUGGCACACAUGGAAGAACUGCUGCCUGUUACAGAUUCUAUGGACAAAGCGGAAACGUGGUUCGAUCAUUUUGUUUGCACAUUAGGCCAGAAGAAACAUAAAGGAUAACGACUGUCAUCUUGGAAUUUCAGCAGAGAAAUCAAGUUUUCAAGAAAAGUCCAAAAUGAACCAAAGUUGUCUCAUCAACUCUGUCUAUGUUUCUGUGUGUUUUGGAAAACCUUUUCUUUAGAAAUGAUUCCUGUAACAGAAGCAACAAUUCCUAGGAGAACAGAAGCAACAAUUUUGUUUUUAAUAUGAGCAAAAAUAGGGAUAAGUUUCGUUUUUCAACCUUCUCUCUCUCCUCCCUCCCCCAUGUAAUAAUUUAUUUUAGCAAAAUGUCUUUCCAGGGAUUUCAUAGCUUGGAGGUUUUGUCAGCUCAACACAUGUGAGUGGUUUGUUUGUUUUUCCUCACCGGCUGCAGUUCCAGUGCCUUAGCUUUGUUCCCAGUAACUAACUCAUUUUAUUCUUACUUUGUUCUGUAGAUUUUUAUUUUUAAAAAAGCCUUUCUGUUCUGUAGGGUAUAAACUGUUCCUUGAAAAACUGUUUUGUACAUAUGUGUGUGUUGACUUUUUAAAAAAUGGUGUGUUUUGUUUUGUUUUGAACUGAACACUACUAAGUGCAGAAAACUAACCUGAAGCAUGAAAGACUGCUAUUCCUUUCCUCCUCCCCGCUCUCUAAUAAUACAAGAGUAGAGAUCCUGUGGCCCUCCAGAUGUUGCUGGACUACAGUUCCCAUCAUCCCUGACUAUUAGCCAUGCUGGCUGGGGCUGAUGGGAGUUGGAGACCUGCAACAUCUGGAGGGCCCAAAUCCCUCACCCCUGCUCUAAUACAAGCCGGCACAACUUGUGACCUACCAAGUCAAAGCAACCAGCCAUGUUCCUGUGGCUUGGCGGGCCCUUGACAGUCUCUGGCAGGCAGCUUAAAAUGAAAGGUUUACUAAGGUUGUUCACUUAUCUGUAAGUCCCAUUGAAUACUGUGGGACUGAUUUCUAAAUAAACAGGCACUGGGAUUGGGCUGUAAGCCUCUGAUAGGUUGCUGUGUGUGGUUAAUAAUGGGCACCAUUCAGCUUGGAUGGCCAAAGGUUGUGCAGGCCAUUCAUAAUGUGGUUUCCAUCCAUUAUUUGUCAGAAUCUGCCAUUGCUGAACCAAUAGAAAAAUCAAAAACAAAAAAAAGCACUGAAACUGUGGCACCUUUUGUUUAAGUUGUUCACAUCAUUUGGGCUCUAAAGCUCUGAGUGUCAUUGGCUGCAGAUCCCCUUUCACUGUCUUUUAUGUUUCUAUCCUUUUGCUUAGUUUUAUUCACCUUUCAUAAAGGAGGGAAAUAACUGGAAAAGAACAUUGCCAUCUUCUGUCACUUUUUUUUGAAAACAUCCAACGUUUAGUAUGUCUCUCCAUCUUGUUCUAAUGUUUCUGAGGUUCUGAACUACAGGGUGCCAGUCCCUUUCCUGUUUGACAAACAUUGUAGCUCAGUUCAGAUGUCUCAGCCGGACAAUGGUUUUGUAGUUGUGAAGGGGCUUUAGGGUUCAUAUGCUCCCACUUUUCCCUUGUAUUCCCUGCCUCCCUUUCUCCUUUGCCGUAACCAUAGUUUGCCAUGAUUGCCAAAUGGGCAGAUUAUGGUCAGCACCACUAUAGGCUGGUUCAAAUAAAACCCGUAACCUAGUUCAAACCAUGGUUUGGAGGCACACUUUUUGUGAAAAGCAUAUUUUGCCCAAUUUGGACGAGAUAGCAAGCUACGGUUACUGGAAACUAGGGAGGCUAGAAGGAACAAAGCCUAUUCGCAGCAGACAAAUAAUUGUUUUCUGCCAUUAUUUCUUUGAAACAGUUUUGUAUAUUUAUAACUAGCAACUAGAACACUCCCCAUAAAAUAUUUUAAGAUUUAAUUUAUUUUAUAAAGAAGUUGGUAGUAUUCCCUUUUUAAAGAGCUCUUGAUUCAGUCAUAAACAUAUUUACAUGCAAGUAAAACAGUGCAAUAGAAAAACGUGCCAGAACUUUUUUAAAGAUAGGAGUUUUAGAAAUCCAAGACAUAGGUUAAAUUAGAUCUCGUGUGUAGUCUGUUGCACUUGUGGUGCCUUGAAUGUUUAGUAUGAGAUGAGAUGCUGAUUGCAAACAUAACCCUGAUCCUAUACAUAUGUACUUAGAAAUAAGUUCUCUUCAUUUCAAUGGAAUUUGCAGAGCUUGGAAAAGUUACUUUUUUCGAACUACAACUCCCAUCAGCCCAAUCCAGUGGCCAUGCUGGCCGGGGCUGAUGGGAGUUGUAGUUUAAAAAAGUAACUUUUCAAAGCUCUGGGAAUUUGCUUCAUAUUUGGGUGCUUAGGAUCAUAGCUUUACUUUUAAUAUUCAGGAAGUUACCAGAGGCUUUGCAAAUGUUUGUUAAGAACAUAAUGAGUGGUAAGCAGUCUAUAAACUAUUAUAUAUUGUCAUUUCUAACCACAUGGCAUGUUGCAUGCUAAAACAGCUUAGUUCAAAGGUACUGGAUGACUUUUUCAUGUGAGAUGUUGGUGAAAUUAAGUUGGCUGACAAGAACAUGCAAGAUUAAAUGGUUCUAACAAGACCUUUGAGUUGAGAACAUCGUUAUAUGGCAAAACAAGCCUUUCCAACAAGGGCUCUGGCUCUGCCUGUUGUGGUCAGGACAGACCUGUAGCUGGAGGGGAGCAAGUGGGGGCACCCCCAGAGCUGUGCUCCCCCCCGGAUAUUGGGGAUAUUGUUUUAUUUUUAAUUUGUGACAUGACAGACAAUGACAACUUCCAUUUAAAGAAUGACAGCUUGUUUUAAGAACAGGAGCAAUUUAAGAACAGGAGCCUCUGAAAAAUUCAGUGAAUAAGACAGGGCAAAUGCACAACAAAAGCCUCACCUGGAAGGGCCCUCAAAGUCUGCUCACUCAAUAUUUUCCCUAACGGAGGGUGGAUUUUUCAUGAUCACCCUAUACUUAAGUGAUCCUGAAAAAAACAGCCUGUAUAGUGACAUGACUCUUGUAGCAUUAAAUAUUAGAUCUUUGUAUUAUGAGCCACAGGACUUUUCUUCACUCUGCAUUUCAUUGUCAUUUCAUUUGUGUUCUCUAUCCAGCCAGCAAUAAAGAAGCGUGUUUGUUUGCCUGCAGUAAAAAGUAAGAGUGUGUUUAUUCUACAGUUAUCAUAAUGAAUAGAGCAGGAUUGGAUGCUUGUUGCUAAAGGGUGAAAUAAAGAGAUAACUUAAAGUGAUCUGAAAAAAAUGGCUACCCUUUGCUCUUUUAAAGCACUCACUAUACUCACAAUCAUAGUGGCUAUUUUUUCUUUUUCUUGAGAACUUCAUGGCAAAGGAUGAAAACAGCCCUAGAGGAACAGAAAUAUUGUUGUGUACACUGCAGCCAGCUAGUUGGCCAGCUAGGCUGCAACUCAGGACUAAUUUCUAAUUUUUCCAAUUUGCACAGUUAAGCAUCAGGCCUUUUCAGGGUUUCUGAGAAAAAUCAACACAGCAACCAGUAAAAAAAAAAAGAAUCUAAUUGCUUUCCACAAUUCUUUUCCAAUUGCUUAGUUAGUCCUUUACAUAGCAGCCAUUUAAAAAGUGUUCCCUUGAUUGUCCAACAGGAAAGGAAAUCUAAAAGGCAGGAACCAGACUGCCUUUGAGGGACUCUCAAGAAGGAUUUAACAAACACACCCUAAAGUUUUUAUUUCCUCUCUGCCCUUCGCUAAACUUGUAGUAUGGAUAAGUUUGUUUUUCAGGUGGAAUCUAAAACUGAGAUACCUAAUGCAGCAUUAAAGCCAAGCUCAGGAGCCCAUUGUCAUUACCAAAGUAGUUCAGUUCAUGAAGAAUAAGAACACAGGGACAGACUACAGGAGAAAGAGGACUGUAGCUAUUGGCAAAGGCAAGCUUUUGAGUAUGGUGUUCCUGGGGAUUUCUCAGAAAAGGGUGAAACAAUGCACCAAAUUAAACUUCAUUCAUGUAAGUUAACACACUAUCUGAAUGGAGGAGGAGUGAAGGGGAAGGUCACUGCUUUUCCCUUCCCCUGGCCUGGCCCUCACAUCCUCUCAACCAGUGGGGGGAGGCAUUGGCUGGUGCUUUGCUCCUGUCCACCCCUCCAAAUGCCCCACCUAGAAAUGUGACUGCCCCACCUAACAAGGAAGGCUGGCUGCAGAGCUGGGUCAGGAAAGGUAAUUUGGAUAGCAAUGUCAGGGAUUCUAGAACGGCAACCCUACACCAUCUCACUUAAGAAGUUAAGUCCUAUUGCACUGAUUUACUUCCAAGUAAACAUACUUAGAGUUGUGCCUUAAAGCUGCAGCCCUAUGCACACUUACUUGUGAGGAAGUUCCACUGAACCCUGUAGGAUUUAUAACCAAGUAAAACAUGUAUAAGAUCGGGGCUGCGAGUGUGAUACAUACAAUGAUGGGAAAUGGUUUGCAUGCAAAUAAAAUAAAAAAAGAUACCUGUUAGAGAAAACAACCUCUUCAGAUUUCAGGCUUCUGGCCAACUAGCUUGGAUUAGCAACAAAUGUGCCGAUGUAGUUUUCACCUAGUAUGGAUCAUGUUGACAUGCUUGCAAAUGAUGCCUGUUCAGCAUGGAUUGCUCAGCUGCUGCAUUUGGCCAUGACAGAGCACUUUAAACAAAUGUUAACUGCUCUUUGCUUUGCCAUAGUAUGCAGGCACUGGGUCUAUAACUCUUGCUGCCCUAGCAAACCUGGCUACAGAAGCAUGCCUGACACUUUAUGAAACCAUAUUAAGUUGCCUGACAAGUUUCAUUAAUAUUUUUAUCAGGGUUACAAAUUUGUAAGUUCUUUGGUGGCAGAAAGGGGCCUCUUACGUAUUUAAGUUAAUGUCUCCUUUUGGAAAAAACACAAAUGCUCUGGCUUAGGUGGGGUCAGGGUGGCCAACUUUUACUCACCCUGGAUUGUAAACAUGCUGACCUGCAAAUUAAUCCACUGUCAAAGGGGCGGGGGCAAGCCAAGACAGUUCCCCCCCCUAAGUUGGCAAAUCUAGCUGGACUUUGGAUUUGGCUGCAUGCCAUCUUAGGCUAGUCAUCCCCAGUCCAGUGUUCUCAAACAUACGGGGCAGCUCUUCUAUAGCAGUGCGCCCUCCUCUCUGAAUGUAAAAUGGUUCCCAAGGCAAAAAUGGCAGAAAGUCUGACUUCUCUUCCAUCUUGCAGCAGCAGUAGUUAAACAUCUUCCUUUCAGGGAAUCUUUUCUUAUUGACUUGCCUGCUACGGAACACCAAUAGUUACCUUAUCCCUUUCCAAUCUCAUUAUGGCUCACAGGGGAAGCUGACUGCAGCAGAGGCACUUACUGGUAGGGCAGAGUCCAGACAGGUUCACAUCCGGGAAGGCAGAGUCUGCCAGCACCCUGGACAGAGCGCUAUAGAAGUUGCUGCCUAGAGGAACACUGUUGCCUUAGCAAGAUGCAGAGGGCUGGCUGGUCUAGUCCUGCUGUUGACUUCAUCUCCAAGGAGCUGUCUGUGCUCUUAAAGAGUUAUUGUCUGAUUCUGCCACCACUGUCUCUUAUGGAAUGAAGGGAGUGAGGAUUGUGUUAGGGUAUGUUAUCUGAGUCCGAGUAGUUGAAAAAGCAACAUCUUCUGGCCUGGAAGGUCUGGAAGUUGGGGAUGAUGAUUCCUCAAGAAGUGCCUCCUCCUCCUCCUUGUCUUCCUCUGAGCUUGAUGGGGAAUUGAGUCAGGAGAACAUGACAGACUAUUUGUCUGUGUGGCCCAGUAUUGUCUACUCUGAUUGGCAGUGCCUUUUCACAGUCUCAGGCAUGUGUUCUAUCUCUGAGCUAUAUCACCAGCCUCUCCUAUUCAGAAGUAUAUCUGCUAUACUAUAGCAUGGCCUGCUAUGGAACAUCUGUAUGCUGCAGAGGAUUCAUGGGGUGUUUUGGGUUGCACUGUCAGUUCACAUAUGGUGCUGGUCACAUUUGUCGGGCUAUCUCAGUCUGCAAGAAUGGAGAGUGCACCUUAGCACUCAUCCAAUGUUUUCCUCUGUUAUUGUUAUAGUCCCCAUGCACCCUAUCUACUGUACCCCUCUAAUCCUAAAAAAAUUCUCAACACCCUCCCAAUCCUAUCCCCCCUAAAAACACACACUAACUCUUCAAGAUCUAAUCCCUCUCCUAACUGACAAGACAAAACGCUUUUCUGUUCAAACCUUGCUCGGAUGCUCACUCACACAAACCCUCCCACUUGGCAGUCUUACAUCAUCCAUACCUCCUAGUAUUCCAUUAACUAUUUCAUAACAGAACACAUUUUAAAACCAGGUUAAACAGAUGGUUUUGUCACACGCACACACACACACACACACACACACACACACACACAUACAUACACACAUACAUAUAUAUAUAUAUAUAUAUAUAUAUAUAUGAACGUAAUUGUGAUUAACCAAACAGAGGUUUUUAUUGUAUUAACAAAACGUUUCAGCUUCCACCUUCAUCAGCUGGUAACAUACGAAUGCUGUUACCAAGGUGGCACUUAUAGAGCUUUGAGGAUGGAAUGCUCAGAGGGGCUUCAUUUGCUUCAUUAUAUAUAUAUACAGUGCCGUGAAAAAGUAUGUCUGAUUUUCUGUGUUUUUGCAUAUUUUUGGCACUGAAUGUUGUCAGAUCUUGAAACAAAACCUAAUAUUAGAGAAAAGAGAAGCUGAGUGAACAAACAACAGAAAAUAUUGAGGUCACAGGUGUGUGUGUGUAUACUCACACACAUUUUAAAACAAGGUUAAACAAAUGGUUUUGUCACAGUUACAUAGAGAGAGAGAGAGAGAGAGAGUGUUUUGGGGAUCAUGGAAUGAUAGUUAACUUAAGAAAUACAUAGAGAGAAAGUUUCCAUUGCCUACUUCAUCUUGCAGCUGGCUGAAAAGCCUCUCUGGAAGGUUGGAAGGACCUCCUGAACAAUGUGGGGUUCACACGGGCCUAAUGGGGGAGAUGAAAUUGCCUAAACUUGGGUGGAAGAAUUUCAGACAAUUCUCCACUUCCUCCAGAAGUCCCCCGUGUCCCACACCAGGUUGUUUCAGAGGACCCUCUGGAGAGACGUUUCAAAAUGGCAGCAUCCUUAAGUUAACUUACUUUAGGAUUUAAUCUUAUUGCUUUAUUUUUCCGUCUACUAAUACUUUAUUGUUGGGUCUCUUCAUUUAAAGCAACAAACAGAACACUCAAGCUUGCUCUGGAUCCCUAUAAGGAUUCCGUUAAUCACCUAAAAUAUAUAUAAACGUAAUUGUGAUUAACCAAACAGAGGUUUUUAUUAUAUUAACAAAACGUUUCAGUUUCUGCCUUCAUCAGCUACUAACAUUAUAUAUGUGUAAUCUCCAUUCAUUGUCUCUUGUCCCUGCCAACCUUUUGCUGAGACUGCAUAUGUUAUUCCAUUAAUUACCUGGAUUUCCCACCCACCCCCCAUAAAAAUUCUCUAUAAAGUGUCAGUUUGAUGGCCGAGGUGGCAGAAUGUGAACCAUUGAUGAAAACUAAGAUUUCCUUGGAUUAUUUGCAUUGUGCAACCUCAUUUUUUCAAAAUAAUUUAAAAACAUGCAGUACAUUUGCUGCAAACUUUACUACAGAGAUGACUUGGGUAGGCAACUUGCAGUUAUAAGAUUGCAUUUACAUGGUGAUGGGAUGGAGUCAUGGAGGAUAAGGCUAUCAGUGGCUACUAGCCAUGAUGGCUAUGUGCUCCCUCCACUUUGCCUCUGAAUACCAGUUGCUGGGAAUCACAAGUAGGGGAGAGAGCUCUUGCACUCUGGUUGUGGGCUUCCCAUAGGCAUCUGGAUGGCCAUUGUGAGGAUGCUGGAUUAGAUGGGUCCAUUGGCCUGAUCCAGUAAGUUCUUAUGUGUUCUUAUGUUAAAGGUCUCUCAAAUUUAAAAAGUAAGAGAACUGGAUAGCAGAGAUAUGGAUGAUGGAAGUUUUACCAGCCUUUGAAUGGUUCCCUGAAACCUUGGGUGUUGACUUGAUUUGAAAGAAGGCAGCAAACAAAAUGUGAUGCAGGGGAUGACUUUUUGAAAGAGUUUAACAAAUGCAGAAUAACAGGGAAAGUGCUUAAAAAUGUUAAUGUCCAGAAUUAGAAUUUCUGCCCAUUACUAUGAAAACUCUUUUAUUGAUUUUGUAAUGUUCUGUGGGAAAGCCUUGUUUAGGAAUACUAAUAUAGCACAUAUGGGGCUGUUUUUUUUUUAAAAAAAAUCUCUUUAAAAGGGCUGUAUUCCAUUGUAAGACAAUUAUGUAUGUAGCCUCUUUUGAUAUUUGGGGAUAUAUUUUCUACACUGUAACUGAUUUGUGUGUCCUUUGCAGCGUGGUGGAAUCAUACAUGCUGGAGUUUGUUAUGUUGUCAAAAUCCAAUGACUAGCAGAUUUUUCCAAUAGAAUUUAGGAACUGGUUUUCUGCUGAGCAAAUCUACAAAGCAAUAAGAAAAUCAAUUCAAGUACUAAGGUAUAAAUAACCACAUUCUCAGUGAAGGCAUUGUGUACAUUUGUUCCAUAAAAUGACUGAAAUGUUGUACAGUCGAUAUUGACAAGAAAGAUGGUCUGAAAUACAGGUUGAGACUGUGAAUGAGUGAAUGAAUGCAAGAUCUGAAGUAUCAAGUCCACAAACAAAAAUAAAAAUGGGUACUUUAUGUCCAUGUCCAGGUGCAGAAACAUGUUACCCAAUUUUAAAGUGGAAAGCCCAACCAUUCCAUGAAAAAGCCAAUACCAAUACACCUUUUAAAGUUAGUAAAUGAUAUUAUCAGUCCAUUCAAAUGAAUAUUUAGCACAAUCUUUGCUUACAUGAUUAGCUGGGGCUGCAACCCUACUGUCACUUACCUGGUAAUAAGCCUUAUUGAAGUCAGUGGGACUUGCCUCUGAGGAGACACAUAUAGGAUUGCACUGUUUUGCUUUAAUUUCUGGAGGAGGCCUACUCUAAAAGUUUGAGGUUUUAAAAGGAUUUGCUCAGGUGGGCUUUGACUGCAGUUCACACAAUUUCCUACUGCAGGAACACCUACUGGCCCGGUUCACACAUCACACUAUGCCAAACCAUAGGUUAGUAUGAGCAUGUGGGCUUCCGGGGAGGAGGUUGUGGCUGCCUUGCUCCUCCCUGGUUGUUCUGUGCUGUGCUAAACCAUCGUUUGGCUUAACAUAUCAUUGAAACCGCAGCUCAUGGUUUAGCUCUCCCAAACAAACCACAAGCUGUAAACCACAGGACAACCUUGAAUAGAACUUGUGGGUGGUUUGGGUUUGGACAACACAUUUAUCCAAUCUGUGGCUUAGUUCGGUGCAGCAUGCCAGAUAUUCCCACAUAGGUGCAUGAUAUACAGUAGCUCUACUUUUUGAAGAUCGAGUACGGUUAAACUUCUUGACUUCAGGUAGCCCUUUAAUUUAUCUAUCAAGGAACCCUUGGAUGCCUGUCAUAGAACUCACAUAUUUUACAAAUGCAGAGCUGUGGUCCUCUGGAUGUUGUUGGAGUCCAACUCCCAUCAGCUCCAGACAGCAUGGCCAGUAAUUAGGAGUAUGAUGGGCACUGUAGUUCGGCAACAUCUGGAGGCUCAAAAGUAAGCCACUCUUGUUUUAGGAUGCUCCCAGAUCAUGCAGGACACUGAUCUUGCCUGUUGGGCCAUAAUGUCACUAUAUGUAAAUUGAGAAUCUUCUGUAACCCUUUCAGCUGCACAUUGUGGAGAAAACUCAGCACAGGUGAGGAAAUGUUUUCUCUUAAAACUUUGUAAAACAUUACUGAUUUUUAUUUUUUGCAUUGAAACAAAUAAAAAAACAGUAAUGAUGGACAAAUUUUGGACUAGAAUAAGCUUCUAACAAACUCCAACAUUGCAAAUUGAUGUAGCAUUAUGAUAACUAUGGUCCUUAGUUUGAAUUUGAAAUGAGUCUAUUUUUUCUGAGCCAGUCCUUUAAUCCUUUUAAGUAAGGAGUGUGUGUGGACUUUGCUGUUUAGCAGCAAAGAAAUUCCAUUUCUGCAGCAUGAUAUUAAGGACAGUGAAGAUAGUGAUAUUAAAGUAGAAGCUCUUUUUAAAUGCAAGCACUUUUGAAAACGUAAUCAUGCAUCAGAAAAGGUAUGUAGGAAACUAAAGUGUUUAGGUUGCAAUCUAUGUACUGCAGUACAUACUAUGUACUAUAUACUGCAGGGAGUAAUGCAUACUAUGCAUACUGUGGAAGGGAGGAAGCCCCAUGGAACACAGUGAGACUUGCUUCUGAAAUAAAAUAGGAUUGUUACUCAUGGUUGGCCCAUCAGACGGUUUCCACUUGUAUCCUCCUUAAAAGUUCUGGCUAAGUCUCAACAGCACUUUUGAAAAAUGGAAAGGGGUGAAUUGGCCACAGAUGGAAAUGGAAAAGCUGUCUUCCAAAGGCAACUUUCUAAGCAGUGAUUUUGCCAUUCUUUUUCUGGCAGUGAGUCUGCACCUUCAAUAGCUUCAUGACUGGCAGAAAUUCAAUUGGUGUAGCUUUCCCAUGCUGUAGGUUGGACCUACUGAAUUCCUGCUGGUUGUGAAGUUGUUAAAGGGACUGAGCCUCUUUUAAGAAAUGUGGAUGGCAAUCCUUAUCGCAAAAAAGCAGCCCUUGAUAUACAGGAAGUGAUGGAAAACAGCAAGAUGGGAAGGAGCUUAACAUUUCCCUUUUUCGCAGAGAGGAUAUGGCAGAGUAGAACUGCUGGAUGAGUCCAGCAGGCAAGGUGCUAUGGAGUAAACUCCAUCUUAACUCCACCCAGUGUGGUGUGGUGGUUAGAGGAGAACCUGGGGGACCAGGGAUCAAAUGUCCCACUCAGCCAUGAAGGUCCCUGGUGACCUUGGGCCAAGUCAUAGUCUCUCGGCCUAACCUACCUCACAGGAUUAUUGUGAGGAUAAAAUGAAGAGGGGGAAGAACUGUAGGCUACCUUGUGCUUCUUGGAGGAAAGGUGGGAUAUAAAUGUAAUAAAUACAUAAAGACAUGUGUAAAUAGACUAUUUUGAUGAUUAGGUUUUAUGGUGGGAUAUCAUAGUUUAGACAUGAGAUAUACGGAAGCUUGCCUUAACUUUACUGCAUCUUUUCCCGAUGGAUUCUUGUUUCAUCUCGUAAGAAAAUAUCCUAUUUAAAAUUGCCCCUUCUGUGCUAAAAACUGUACAAUGUGCUCCUACGAUAAGUUAAAAGGUUGGCAUGCAGACCAUUAUGAACAAAUUAAUACUGUUUCUGGCCCCAAAACCAAUUUCAUCCAUGUGGGCAGACUUGCAUAUUGCACUGUAUUUGAGAGUCUUCAGUACUGAAUGUGUGUGAAUGGUUAGUGCAUGUCUCAUUCUCUGAGCAUUGUCUGUUUUGUUUUGUUUUAAAAAGCUGAAAAACUGCAUUGGUAGUGUUGGCUAAACUGGGCUGUGGAAGAGCAACCCAAUUUCUAUAGGAUCUGAAACCAUCAUGUCAUGUAUACAUGUUGUCUGAAGUUACAUCAUAUAGAUCUUCAGUUUGUCUUCAGAAUAUUAUAGUGUGUGGAUGUUUGUGUUGGAUGGAAUAUGUGACUGUAAGCAAUGCAUGGUUUGCUGGCAUUCAUAUUCAAACCUCUCUUAAGCAAAUAAAAGAUAUAAAACCUUAA